AUGGCACUGAAUCAAAUCGGUUUGGUAUAUUUCGAUGACCAAAGAUUUCCUAAAUUUGAAUAUUGGAAAGGUGUCUUUUGCGUAUUUUCAUUUGUUAUUUUCAAUAUAACCGAAUACAUGUUUGUCUUCAUAAAUAUCCAUGACGUGAGUUUGAUUUCUUUGAAUCUAGCUACGUCUUUGCUUUAUUCUUCUCUGAUUGUGAAAGGCGCUACUUUUAUAUGGCAUAAUAAAAAGUAUUUCAAAUUGAUGACAGAUAUGCAUAAUGCAAUGAAAUUUGUAGAAAAUAGUAAACAUGAUCAAUUAAAGCGAAUUCUUGAUAAACACGUAUUCCAUUGUUAUGAAGUAGCUGUUGCAAUCUUCGUUUUCACCACGAUAUCCCUGAUAAUAUUUUCUGCAUAUCUUUUCUACACAUUUCUGGUGGAAUCAGUACCUGGUGUGACUAUCCACCCAUUGGCGAUAGAUUCCUGGUUCCCAUUCAGAUCUGAUGAACAUAACGUCAUAGCUUAUUUGAUGGUGCAGUGGAUUGUUUAUUUAGUUAUAAUGUUUGAUUCUUUUUGGAAUACUUUACUCGCAGCGAUUUUAAUUUUUGCAUGUGCUGCUCUUCGUAUUCUUAAUUAUAAAUUAAGUCAUCCGGAAGAAUUCGUAGCUAUUAAAAAACCAGGAGAGCAAGAUGAUGGCAUACCAGAACCAGCUUUGUACAAAUAUGUUUUAAACUGCGUCAAGGAUCAUUUGCUUAUUAUCGAAUUUGUGAACGACUUGAGAGAUAUAUUAGUAAUUCCAAUGGCAUUAGAUUUUAUUGUGUUCACAGUUUUGAUCUGUUCUCAACUAUUCCAACUGUCAUCAGUUCCAACUGGUGCAAUAGAACUUAUUGUUGUUUACGGGUACAUUGCAAGCUCGUGUACAAUUUUAUUGAUGUAUUAUUGGCAUUCGAAUGAAAUUUCGUUAGAGAGUACUAAUUUGUGUCAGGCAGCUUAUGAAUCUUCAUGGGUAAAUACCAGCAAACGAGUAAAAGAUGCAUUGCGAUUAAUUAUGGUUAGAUGCCAAAAACCACUCGUUUUUCGUGCUGGAUUUUAUCCUAUGAAUCUGAGUGCAUUCAUAAUGAUAUUGCGAGCGGCUUACAGUGCAUUCACAGUCAUGCGUCAAUUUGAUAAAUAG